GUGCUAAGUCAGUAAACGCUAGCUAGAACUCUGUAGGACUAGUUUAGUUGUUUCUUCAAUGUUAAGUUAACGAGUAGCGUGUCUUGUAACUAGCUAGUAAUCUUGUAUAUAACACCAAGAAGCUAUGUUCCUAAAGCGAGUCUGUUUUAGUCGUUGUUUUGUUCGCGGCGUGGGUAAAUAGAGAAGCGGCUGUUGUUGUUGUUGUGGCCUGCUACACGUUAGCUUAGCUAAACUAGCUGUAGCCUCAGCUGGUUGCUGCAGCUCUACUCAUCUCAUCUCCGAAACGACAAGGGAAAUGACACAUCUUCCAGCUAUCUAAGGCUGAGCUUUCGCUUUAUAGAGAAGUUGUGGUUUUGGCCAGGGAUCAGCAAGUAGUUCCCCAGCUAUGAGAACCUCCACUCACUGACUUACAUCUCACAAAAAUGGAGCUGUACUGGUACAUAGUUGUUAUUAUAUUCAUUAUUAUCAAGAUAUUCUUCUAUGUGUGCUGGUACCGAUCAAGACAGAGGCAGCUGGCAGCAUACUUGAGCAACCCACGCAAUGCUCAGAUAGUCAUUGUCGGAGGAAGGGCCUACCUCCAUCAGAUGUGUGAAAGACAGAGUCAAACGUCUGUCUGGCCUAGUUGGUAUGGUGUUCAGGAUGACCUGUCAAUAGAAGAGCCCUCCACAGCUCUGCCACCAGCUGCAUCCUUCUCCCAAUUGGACAUGCCACCACCAUAUGAGGCAGUCUCUGGAGAGGACGAUCUGAAGCCCCCGCCCUACAGCGAGUGUGCUCACAGCGACGAGGCGGACGCUCCUCGUCCCUCCCAUCACCCUCCUCUCAUUUCUGAGGGAGGAGACACCAUUAGCGUAAACGAAGCCCCACCCCCCUACACGCCAUCUCCCCCGACACAAGUCAGUCAGCAAGACGUCUCUGUUAGCCACAGUGAGCCCCAAUCAGACAGCAGGUCCACCUAAUCAACCCCCCAAUGCCAGUUUGCCUUUUCCAUGCACUGCCUUUCUAUAUUCAACCUCAGUGAUCGUUGCCAGCCUAACUCUCAUCACAUGAGAGCAAAUGUGUAUUUGGAUGUGAGUAUGAGUGAGUGUGUGUGUGUGUGUGUGUGUGUGUGUGUCUGUGUGUCUGUGUGUGUCUGUGUGUGGUGGUUUUUAGAUCCAAGUUGUUUUUCUACUUUGUAUUGUUUAAAAAAAAAGUGGUAAUCUGAUGAGUUUGGCAAUAACAGAUCACAUCAGCAAGCCUGUGUGCCUCAGUCAGGACCACAGAACUGCCUCCCAGCUAGGAUGAGGAUAAAAUACCCUUGACCUCGAAGCUCAAAGAGAAUCAGUGAGACGCAGACAAGCAGAACGACAGAUACUUAAAAGCGUGUUGCUCCUGAUGUCCGAGCUCGCUUCCUUUCACAGAUCUAAUUUAACUGACCCGUUCUACAAGCAUGAUUUGGGGAAAUGAGAAGUUUUUAGUUCCUGCUACUGUGGUGGAUAAAACGUGGGAAAUUACUUGGUCUGUGUGUCUAUAGACAUUUUUCUGAGCAAAGCAACUUAAUAGUGCGUGAUGGACAAUUCAUAGUGCAGACAGUCUAAUUAGAUUUCAGUGUACCUAGCUGCGUUCAUAUUGAAUAAAAAGUUAAAUGUUUCAACUUCUGCAAACUGUUAUUACUCUCAACGCCUCAUUAAUACUGCACGUGAGUUAUCUGAAGACAAAGUAUGUUGACGGAGAGCUAUUUGAUAAUGAAUGCUCUAAUUGUCUUAAAUAAUUACCUCAUUAGCAUAACUGGUUAUGUUUAAUAUAUCACGGUGAUUAUACGGAGACAUUAGGCAAUUCAAGUGCCUAUUACAUCUGUGAAUGGAAGUGAGAGAGGACAAGCGGAACAAGUGAGUGGAAUUAAUGAACAUUUUAUGGCAGCAGACAAGAGAUUGUUCUCUGUUGAUUUUCACCUCUGCUGCUGGAUUCUGUCUGUGGCUGCUUUACAAGAGCACCUAUAUGCCAGAAAGCAGGACUCUGUGCGAACAGUAUGAACCAGAAUUUUGUUAUUUUUUCUUUAAAGAUAUACUAUGCAGGAUUUUCUUUAAAAAAACAAAAACACACAAUCUCAGUCAUCACUUAUGACCCACUAGUUAUUUGGCGGUGUAUUUAUCUGCAGAGACUCUGCCCUCUAGCUGUAUGCUCUUAUUUUCUGAGUUUGGGAAUGUUAUGGGCGUGUACCCCACCAGUGCUCAAGCGAGGUCGGAGCUAAACAACAAGUAGCAACCAGGUGCCAGACCGUAAGCAGGAGGCAUCCAAGAGACACAGCGUGGAAAAAAAUGCAAGAAUAGCGAGGCAAAAUGCCAAAGGAGAAUGAAUUUGGGGUUGGCUUUUACUUUCACUUUCUCUGGCACACGUGUUUACAGACAGUAACUGACAAUCCUGCAUAGUGUACCUUUUUAAAAAGUUGUGGAAUAGGACAAAAGGUCUUCAAAAGAAGUCUGAGGAAAAAUCGUUGCGCUGUCCCUCAUCAAGUAUGAAAACAUUUUCUCUAGUUUUAGAUCCAGCUGUGGGAUAAUCAGAUCAGUUAUAAAUGGUAUUGUUGAGUUAAAGGCUUUAAUUGAGUGAAAUAUCAAAUGAAAACUGUAAAACAACCCUGAAAAAUUACUCACAGGGUUGUGAGGCUCAAACUAUUUCUGGAGCUGAAGGCUUAACAGUCAUCAACAAACUCAGUUAUUACUUUUUUUUAAUUGUUGCAAAAUGAAGACUAACCAAAAAAUAUUUUUUAACAUUUGUGUCUGUUCUUUGUUAUCUUUAUGUUAAUCUGCCACAAGCAGGCAGACGUCAGCCAACUUCGUGCAUUUCUUGUGUUUGUUUCUGAUAUAGUAUUGCUUUGGGAAAGCUUGUUACUGCGCUUUCUGCUCUUUUUGUAUCACUGCAUUUCAGAUAAUCUGUGAAAAACACUGUAAGAAGAUGCCCCCAAAUGAUCCACCUCCUGAGUUAGUUUCAGCAACAAUUUAAUUAUUUUACACUUUCUGAACAUUCAAAAAACUGAGAGAAAGAUAAACAAAAUGACUGCAUAAAUGACACUGCAUAAAUGUAUUUGGGGCUUUUAGGAAAGAAUAUGCAGAAAAGGGUCUGGUCUUCAUUGGGUAUCAGAAUUAAAAUUGUAAUUUCUUUCAAUGAUAAUCCUUCGCUGUGAAGACAAAUCGAGGAGCAUCCGUCACUGAUGCCUUUAAAGAAUCUAAACUUUGGAUUUAAAAUCUAAAGGAUGCUGCAUGGUGCAAAUCUCAUGUAGCUUUGAACUCUGUUGAUAUCACUAACAUGGCAGAUGCAUGAUGACAAUUGACUACCCGAACCACAGUGUUACAGGCUCCCACUGUAAUGUACGUUCCUGUUUGUUAACUUCAUGUUCAUUCCCAUGGUGGGUGACAUAUCAGAUCUCUCCACUUCGUAGCUUGUGAGUUGGGGGGAAUUGACUUAUUGUGUUUUGAUUUGGCGGAAAAUCCGUCUUCUGUAUUAAAAUGUUGUUCAUAA